AUGCUGAUGGGCGGCGCCUUGGCAUAUGGUCGUUCGGCUUUGCGCUGGGGUGCUAGCGCCGCACAGCGUCGUAUGCUAGUAUCUCUAGAAAUCCCCUCCAAAGAUCGCGCACAUCCGUGGUUCUUGCAUUGGAUGGGCGCCCAAGCGGCAGCACAAACUCUUCGUCGCAAAGCAAACCAUGGACACUUGCCGCGUGAGACCAUGCUGGAAUUUCUCGGUCUUGUCCGGCCUCAGAUUCGCGAUGAUCCAGGCGUCGACAACCCACUGCGAGCGGCAUCUGGUCAGAUCAUGCCACCAGUGCGCAUUGUUUCUCGAGAACUGGCCGUAGAAACACAGUAUGAGGAGCCCGUUGCCGUGCCUGGUGCUAGCCGCCAUCAAGAUCGAGGCCACGCUACAUUUUCACUUGUUCCAGGCCCAGGAACGCAUUGGUUCCGUUACCGAGGCGUUUGGAUGCGUUUACAGCGCGAGCGCAAUGGCAAGCUCGUCGAUCUUUCCACUGGCGCACCCUGGGAAACCGUUACUCUUACCACUCUAUCGUCAUACGAGCAUCUUUUCUCGCAGUUGCUAUCAGAAGCGCGUCAGCUCGCUUUGUCCUCAACACAGGGCAAGACCAUCAUCUUUACAAGCUGGGGUGCUGACUGGCGUCCAUUUGGACAUCCACGCCGCGUUCGCGAACUCGAUAGCGUCGUGCUUCCCCACGGAAAAAGAGACGAAAUCGUCCAUGACGUGCAUCGAUUCCUCUCGCGCAGCGCUUGGUAUGCGAAGCGCGGCAUUCCGUAUCGCCGCGGAUACCUCUUGCAUGGGGCGCCUGGCUCCGGCAAGACGUCAUUCAUAACUGCUCUUGCUGGGCAUUUGGAUUUCCAUAUCUGCUUGUUGAAUCUUGCUGAACGCGGCAUGACCGAUGACAAGCUCACUCAUUUGAUGUCAAAUGCACCUGAACGCAGUAUUUUACUGCUGGAGGACAUUGACGCAGCAUUUCUUGGACGCACGGCGACCUCGCAGGAGCGGCAGCCGGAUGGAUACCAGCCGAACGUGACAUUUUCCGGCCUGCUAAAUGCGCUCGACGGCGUUGCCUCUGGCGAGUCACGCAUUAUUUUCAUGACGACGAAUCACUUGGAGCGCUUGGAUCCUGCGCUGAUCCGACCCGGGCGUGUUGAUAUGAUUUGUGAACUGGGCGAUGCAGACAAUAUACAAGUUCGCGAGCUACUUAUGCGCUUUUAUCAAACAGAUCUCAUCGAUAUGCGCGUCGAGGCAGCGAGACGUGCGAAUGGAGUGGAUCCGGAGGAAUGUGCACGGGCGCCGCAGGCACCAGAUGCAGACGCUCCGUAUUACCGGCGUGCCGUGCGUGAAACGACGCAGGAACUAUCCGACUUGGGUCAUAGGCUCGUGGGGUAUGUGCACACUGUGACGCAGCGCCGGCGUGAAGCCCUCGGCUUGGAUCAUGCUGGGUAUGAGCCAGGGACCGAUCGUGCAGUAGAUCGGCGUGCAGCACGUGGCGGCGUCAGUAUGGCAGAAUUGCAAGGUCUAUUCAUCAGAUUCCCGGAUGAUCCCCGUGCUGCUGUGGAUGCAUGGGCCGCAGAACAUGGGAUUGUUUAG